AUCGCGAUUCCGCAAUCACCAACUGUCACCAUUUGCUCACCUCAUAUCCUUGACUUACCCCGCCCCAUAAAGAGACCGUAUCACCUCCGGCCUCUUUUUCCUUUCGCCCACCAUUUCGUUCUUCACUCGUCUCUUCGGCACUUUCGCCGGUCCAAAUCCCGCCACAAUGUCCGCCGCAAAGAACCGCGCUCAGCAGCUCAUCAACGACAACGCUGUCGUUGUUUUCUCCAAGUCUUACUGCCCCUACUGCGACUCGUCGAAGAAGCUCCUCGAUGGCUUGAGCGCCAAGUACACUACUCUUGAGCUGGACCUUGAGGAGGAGGGAUCCGCUAUCCAGGCUGCCCUCGCUGAAAUCUCCGGCCAGCGCACCGUGCCCAACAUCUUCAUCCAGCAGAAGCACAUCGGUGGUAACUCCGACCUCCAGGCCAAGUCGGACCUCAAGGAGCUUUUGCAACAGGCUGGUGCCGUUUAAGCGUCAUGAUCGUGCACAUUUUUCAGAAUACUAUAUACUAUUAGAUUCAAUAGAGUCCAAGGAUAAUAUCCUUAAUUGCACAGCGCUGCAGCUACAUCGAGGAUUUUCAUACUCUAGAAAUGAU